AUGGCGCUUGUUGAAGUCACAAACAUAAUCUUUGAAAAUGAAUUAGCUUUGUUUCAAACUCCCAUUUCCUUACAAAUAACCUUUGAAGUUAGAAAUGAUUUAACAGAUGAAAUAGAAUGGAAGUAAGAAAUUUAAAUUAAUUUAGUUUAAUUUAUAUUGGAUCACCUUUGAGUGACAAAUUUGAUUAAGUUUUAGAUAAUUUUAGUAUGGGUCCAUUAUAAAAAGGAUUCAUGUAAUUCACAAUAACUAGUCAACCUCCCAAUUACUAAUUAAUCCCAUCAAAGGAAGAUUUAUUUAGUGUAUCCGCCCUAAUAUUGUCAGCCAAAUAUAGAUAAAAAGAAUUUUUUAGAGUUGGCUAUUAUGUGUAUAAUAACUAUACAGAGGCAGAAUUGAUUGAAAAUGAGCCAUAAGUAAUACUAAUAGAUAGAGUUUAUCGAUAAAUAUUAGGAAGUAAUCCUCGAAUAACAAAAUUUCCUAUUGAUUGGGAAGGAUAAUUAACAUAACUUUAUGUUCCUCCAACUAAUCAAUAAUUUAUGUUUGAAUCCUUGAUUACAUAAUAAUAAAGUGGGGUUGGAAUGUAAACAGAGAAAAAUGAACAAGUUUAACAAGGAUCAUAGAGUGGCUAAUUUACACAAAAUUUAUUUUGA